AUGCACGAAUCGAUUAAUAACAGCUGACCCAUCACGAUUUCUGACUCUGAAUUUGAUUCUCUUGUGCUUUCAGAUCUAAAAGAAGCGGAAAAAUGGUGAGAGUCAGCGUUUUGAACGAUGCUCUGAAGAGCAUGUACAACACAGAGAAGAGGGGCAAGAGACAGGUCAUGAUCAGGCCUUCGUCCAAGGUCAUCAUCAAGUUCCUUAUCGUUAUGCAGAAGCACGGUUAUAUUGGAGAGUUUGAGUAUGUUGAUGACCACAGAUCUGGAAAGAUUGUGGUUGAACUCAAUGGGAGGCUGAACAAGUGUGGGGUUAUCAGUCCUCGCUUUGAUGUUGGUGUCAAGGAGAUUGAAGGCUGAACGGCUAGACUUCUUCCGUCAAGACAGUUUGGAUACAUUGUGUUGACAACAUCUGCUGGAAUCAUGGAUCACGAGGAAGCUAGGAGAAAGAAUGUUGGUGGCAAGGUUCUCGGUUACUUUUAUUGAGCAGAGUAUUAAACAGAUCUUCGUCUUUUUCAAAUUUUGGUUUAGUUUGCUGGGAUGAUCUCACAUAACUUUUUGAGAAGAAGUG